AUGACUAGUGGUAGCUCUAGUAAGGUCCGUCUUUUCUACACACAAGAGGGUGUACUUACCCUCACCGGGCCGUCUAUCCCUGAAACGAGGGGGGUCGCUGCCCUUGCUCUUCUGCGUUAUCUCCCCACCUUGCAGGGGGUCCACUUCACAGAGCGGAGCCGUGACAUCUUGGAGUGCAAUGAAGCCACUGGCGAAGGCUUAGAUGAUGUGUACAUAUUAACAUCAGAUGAGGAGAGCCUCCGUCUUCAAGACCUUGUGCAGGCGACCCUGGCAGAAGAGGUUACUCCGUGGGACAGCUUGCAACAUCGACAGAGACAGAAGGCGAGCUCUCGCUAUGACUGCGCGUUCAGUGUCUGUGUCCUUGUUGUAGGGUCUACCCUUCUAUCAACCAGAGACAAGCAGAAUCUUGUGAUUAGCGACCUCAACUUGCCUGGAAAAUCUGAUGUAACCCCCACGGCUAAGCUCAGCUUUUACGAGGCUCUUUACAUGUAUCCUGCAUUAGAUAGUAAACAUUCGGGAGACACAUCUUCACGUGGGGUUCCGAAGCUCAUUCUGCCGGGGUAUAUGCUUCUUCUCAGCGACGUCUUCUUUAGCAUGAAGGUCCCACAGUUUCCCAAGUUAAUGAUCAGGCCUCAAUCGCAAGUGUGGAACCUGAGGGAAGAUCUGCCACGUGACUGGUCUCUCAGCAAGCAUCGAGAAGCAACAAGGCUCUUCAGCCAACUCGGGUUUGUGCGCGCGUGCCACAGUAGUGCAGGUCAGACAACUAUCCUGGGUCAGGAGAUAUAUAACGGCUGCUUCCGAAAUAUGCAUCUUAAGCCUCUUACAUCUGAGCUUCUUGCUCGGGCGGGGGAGAUCUACAAGAAGACAGUUGUUCCUAUUGACGCUGAGAUAGUAGACUCUAAGAGUGGAGCGAUUCAACUACACACCGGCGCUGACCACGGAAACGUCCCAGUGGUUAUAUCUGAAGUAUAUCAUGGCGACUCCUAUCUUAGAGAAGUCACGGUAGAGAUAGCACAGUUGGCACGGCGGAAUGCGUGCGUGCUAGUGCUCCUAAAUAGCACCUUUCAGCAGGACUUCAUCGCAGUCACUAAUGCCCCAAAUAAGUUUCUCCUGUACAUACGAGACCCGUUUGAAGAGCUGUUUGCCACAGCUUCAGAGUGUCCGCAUGACAACACACUGAAUACGGAUGUGCCCGAACCUCUGCCCAAACGUGUUGAUGAGAGUAAGCCCCUGUCAACGAUUAAGGUCCAUAGUGCUACAGAUUGCAAGGAUAACCCUCUCAUAGAAGGCCCGCCUCUUGCUGCUCUCCUUCCGCCCUAUGCUAUUACCAGUAGAGACAUUUGCUAUUCAGUCACGCCAGAUCCUCUAGCAUCUGCGUAUCUCCAAGAUAUCGGUGAAGUAACAGAUUGCACAAUAGAAUUUCUUAAUGUAACUUUAUUAUGGCAACACACAAAAGGGCAUGUCUAUCCCCAUCACCGGUACACAAGACUCAAGGAGUCUCAGCACCUUAUCUACUCCUCUAGUUCGAGUACACGCAUAUUAAGUACUACAACCCUUCUCACCGAGGUUACAGUGCUUAGCGACUCCACAGGCCCAGAGAAAGCUUACGUCGUCAUCCCCCAUGCUUUGUUUCACGAGCUUUUCCUUCAGCUUGUCCCAUCGUCUGUGAGCCGGGACAACUUUGAACUGAGUGACCCCGAGACGGGUGCUGACAUGCGUGACGAGCUGCCUUGUCUCUGGCCGCUGUGUGUUUUGUGUAUAAUCCACAGACUCAGCGUACCACGUGCCAAAUUACUAAUUCUACGCACUAAGUUUCCGCUGCCGCCAGAUGAGGUCCCAACGAGUGCACAGCCCGGCCUCCGGUACCUUUUAGAUUUAGAUGCAUCGAAUAUUAAAUAG